AUGUUACAAUCUCUCAGAUUCGCCAGUCACUGGUUCAGGAACACAACCGAUGCGCUCUUCAGCCCAUCGCUUCCGUGGACACACCGCUGGCGACUGCUUCUUUUACAGCCACUGACCUUGCUCACAUACUGUUUGAAGUAUCUGCCGUACAUCUUCUCCCACAGAUACACGGUGAUUGAGAUUCCAACACGCGGCCGACAUACUAUACGAGCAAUCGUCUUCGAGCCGCCGUCAAAAGAUCACACACAGCUUCGUCCUCUCCAUAUCGACUUCCACGGAGGGGCCUUCCUCGGCGGCAUCGCAGAGUACAACGCCUUAUGGUGCGAGCAAGUAAGCGACCGGAUAGGUGCUGUCGUGAUCAGCGCCCAAUACCGCUACGCUCCGGUUCACACCUAUCCUUGCGCCCACGAAGAUGCUGAAGACGUCCUCUCUUGGGUUCUCGAGAAGUCUCAGAAACUUUGGAACGCAGACCCGGACUCCCUGUCCGUAUCGGGUUCGUCGGCAGGCGCCAAUCUAAUGUUCGCGGCCGGAACGCGAGCGAAAGCAGCCGUAGGCUUCUGCGCGGCGGUCGACCUUCGGCUCCCUCCGUGGCAGAAGCCUAAGCCGCCAAACUUCCCUACGAUCGAUCCCCUAUCGUUUCUGAUGCCGCUCUUUGACGCCUACGUUGCACCUGUCCGCAAGGAGACGCUGGAGGAUGACCGCCUGCACCCUGUUUUGAAGAAGCUGGACGACCUCCCCGCGAAUGUCCUUUUCAUCGUGGCUGGUGUGGAUAUUGUUGCGCACGAGCAGCUGAUUUUUAUCGAGCGUGUUCGGGAAUAA